GGCAGGCAUCUUUGCCUGGGAGGGAUCUGCUGUCAGAGCCACCCAGGAAAGGAGGCCCGAUCCACUCAUUAAUAUUCCAAACUAGUGACCCUUCUCCUUCUUCCCAGCCCUUCCCUUUCUGUGGGCUCUCCCUGCCGCGGAUGGCUGCAGCCCCCUCCAGCUGAGCCGAUCCUCCCUCCCCGCAGCAUUGCAGCACCUCCGCAGCUCCCUGCGCUCCUGCUCCUGCAGCACCCGCUCUGCUCCGCCGCAGCAGCAUGGCCAGCACCGUCUCAGCCUACAAGGAGAAAAUGAAGGAGCUGUCUCUGCUCUCCCUCAUCUGCUCCUGUUUCCACACCCAGCCCCAUCCUAACACCAUCUACCAGUAUGGAGAUAUGGAGGUGAAGCAGCUGGAUAAGAGGGCAUCAGGCCAGAGCUUCGAAGUGAUCCUGAAGUCCCCUUCAGAUUUAUCUCCUGAGAGCCCGAUCCUCUCCUCCCCUCCCAAGAAGAAGGACCUGUCCCUGGAGGAGCUGCAGAGGAGGCUGGAGGCUGCAGAGGAGAGGAGGAAGACCCAGGAGGCUCAGGUGCUGAAGCAGCUGGCGGAGAAGCGGGAACACGAGCGGGAAGUGCUGCACAAGGCGCUGGAGGAGAACAACAACUUCAGCCGCCUGGCCGAGGAGAAGCUCAACUACAAGAUGGAGCUGAGCAGGGAGAUCCGUGAAGCACACCUGGCUGCCUUGAGGGAGCGGCUCCGCGAGAAGGAACUGCACGCAGCUGAGGUCCGCAGGAACAAGGAACAGCGGGAGGAGAUCUCCGGAUAAAGGGCUUUUCUACACAUCUAGCACCUGAUUCCUGAUUAACAAACCAACCAAUCGACCAACCAACACAUUUGAUUUUGUUUGUCUAGAUGCGACCUUCGAUCCUCCAUCCUUUCCCCCCCACUCCCCUGGUGUUCGUCCCCCAGCUACACGCUUCUCUAUCUCUGCAUCCUUAAUGUCGGUACUUGUGAGGAUUCACAGAUCAUAGGGACCUCUAAGCAGAAUAGCAAUUAGUUCACAUGAAAUAGAGAACCAAUCGAUCGAUCAGUCAAUCAAACAGCUUCUUUGGAGGGUUUUGUCCUUUUUUAAAAACCAAUAUUUCUUAAACUGAUGUAAAAAGAAGAAUUCAUAAGAUAUUAAUAAAUUCAACCAGCAGUGUCACAGAGAUACGGAUUUCUUACCCUGGGGCUUUUACUCCUCUUGGUGUUUGCUCUGAGCCAAAUAGCAGCUUCAGACUAAGUGGUAAUUUGUGUGUGUGAGGUGGAAUAGGGAAGAGCCCCGUGUUUGCCAGUAGUGGUAGGAGAGAGGAAUGAGAGGGAUGGAUGGUGCAGGAGCCGUGGUGUGCAGAACCCCCCAGCUCUUGGCUGCAUCUGGAGCCAGCCCAGGCAGGCAGUGAUCCAGCGUCCUCAUCUCUGCAUGGUUCUUUGGUAGCCCGUGAGGAAGGAGGUGAGGGUCUCUGCCCAGAGCUGGUUGGCAGCAGAAGGAGACAGUGGACUGAGCCACCCUCUCCCCACAGGGCAGGGACUGAGAGGUCUUGGCCAGGCAGCCUGGGAGACCCACAGAUGACGAUCGCAUCCCCAAAUCCAUGGGAGCCCUGGGAGAGGGUGCUCGGUCUGCAGGUCUCCAGUGCUCCCACAGCAUGAGAUUUCAGUCCAGUAGGAAAGCAAAUCCAAUAGAGAGGGUGCGUGGUUGUGAAAGAGCCUUUUAGUGAACAGAAUCAUCCUCUUUCCCUCUUUCCAAAGACGUGUAGGACUCCUCGGUGCCAUUAGGAGGCAGGACACACCAGCUGCCCGGUACCUCCAGCCCUGUGGCUUCAGAUGAGGUGGAGCGAAGGGGGAGCAAUUCCACAGUAAGGGUAGAUGUCCCCACACUCGUUCCUUGUCUAACUUUAGCUUUUCCAGACUUAUUUAUAAGACAAAAUUGUCUCUUGAUGGAGGUAGGGAUGAGCAGAGAACACGUGAGCAUGGCAGUGAUGUCUGAUGUAAAUAGGUGACUGUCCAUGGACUUCCUCAUCUUCCAGCGUCACAGCUUAUGGAGGUAGCCAAGGCCCCAGCAGCCACCAUGCACUGCAAAGGACCCUGUGCUGAGACCCACAGACCUGCUCACCCUGCCCCAGCCUGGAGAAACUAAAUGGAGAUGUUGCAUCUGCAAAGCAGGGAAUGGCCACCUUCUGCAAGGACACAGUGCUUGGGAGGCAGCCCUGCUGGAGCACGGCCCUGCAGCAGCUUUUGCAGAGGAUUCAGUGGAAGCUGCUUCCCUCUGAGGCACAAGGUAAAAGAAUUCCCACUCUGAGCAGUGCUGGAGGUCACUGGGUUGUUAGCUUAUAAAGGGAAUAGGGCAGUGGUUGGGUCCCUCCAUCCUGGCUGCCCUCGCAGAGCCUGGAAUAAACCAAAGGGGCAUCCAGGGCACUGAGAUGUGUAAUUGUUAAUAACUGGUGUCCUCUGCUGUGCCUCCAAAGAGCCGUUCUGGGCACGGGAUGCAGGAUCCGUGGGGAAUGAUGGAAGCAAACAAGGGGUGCAGCCUGGGCCUCCCCGGGGCUGUGCUCUGCUGGAAGCGAUGAGGAGCUAGAGCGGAUGAAGGGUUUGCCCAGGGAAUAACGAUCCCAUUGCCCCUCUGAGAAAGGAAUUAUUGCUGGGUCUGGUCAGAAGCUGACGUUUCUGUCUCCCCUGUGCUUUAAUUAGGUAAAGGAUCGAUUUCAGCCUGGGGUGAGCACCAGUCAGGCACAGAAACCCCAUGGAAAGCCAAAGAGAACAAAGCCCGGGGCUCUUUGCUCAUCUCCCCAGGAUUCCCAGCUGGAUUUGGGAGGGAUCCCUCAAUGGCCAGAGUGUGAUGGUAGGGAAUUCUGCUCCUAAAGGGAAGGGCUACCUUAUUCCUACACCCUCCGCCUGGGCUGGGAGGGGGGGGUACGACACAGGACUGUUAGAAAGCCCCAGUGCUGUCAGUGACUAAAAGCAAGUCAUAGGAUUUAGAGCAAAGAGGGCAAAGGGAAGGAAACUGAGGGUUGAAUUUCUUAACAGUAGCUAAUGAUCAGUUUAUAGUAGCAGCUGUCUUAGAUGAGCAUCAUUGUAGAGCGGCAUCACCUCCAGCAUCACCUCAUCGCGUAGUGGCAAGAACUUUUAAAGUGUUGAAAAACAAAUGCUAAUAAUUUAAGAGUAACUUAAACAAAACUGUUUGUGUGUCAGAAAUGGUUGAAGCUGUCAAGUGUCUGUGUCCCUGGUGGGAUCUCAGAAGGUAUCUGCAAGAUAUUAACCCUGUCCUACUCUCUGUGGUGCUGAGUGUUUGCUUGGUGUGUAAUUCUGACCUGAGGCUUGUUGUAAAUACUGUUUUUAGUACUAUGAUUAUGAUGAUUAUUAUUACCAGAAAUGUUGUACUCAUGAGCAGGGGGUUAAAACAAGAGAAACGACCGUUCCCACUCCCUCCUGGGGGCUCAGAUGGAGCUGGAUGAGGCUGAUGGCGCAGGCAGGGCGGGAUGCUGGACCAUGGAGCCGGAGGCAGCUGAGUCCUGCAGGCAGGGCGGUGGGAGCAGGGACAGGCUGCUCCUCAGGAAGGGCUGAGCGGUGGAACAGAGGUGAUGCUUCAGUUCUCGCACAUAUGAUUUAGUGUAAACCCAAAGCUCCCAGUGCGAGGGGUCCCGGCUGUGCCCAGGGGAAGCAGGAGGAGCCAAUGAGGUUUGGUGUGAGCUGGAGGAGGAGUGGUUGAUGGUGGCUUGUGCUGGUGAGAGCCAUCCCCCUGAGCCUCCAUUGACUCUCUGGGCUCGGUUCCUGCCUGGAUCUCCCACCUCAGCCCUUUGCGCUUCCCCCUGCUUCCUGGAGGCCAGCCUGGAUCUCAGGCAGGAGCUGAUUCUUGCAAUAGCUUUGCCUGGCAAAAAGUAAUCCCAUGGGAAAGGCACAGGAGUGGCCUGGCACACAGUGUGAGCACUGGGAAACUCAGUUUUCUCCCCUCUGUUGGGUCGGUGCUGUGAGGGCCAGCGGAUGUGGCUGGAAAACGUGUUCCUGCAGGGAGGGAUUUGCACCGGUAACAUGGGGUACCCGCUGCCGAGAUGCGUUGUGCCAAGGAAACCACCUCAUCCAUAGGAGAGGCAGAGCGAUGUUUGCCCGGUGCCGGUGCAUGUGACAGGGAUUUAGGGAGCUCGGCGUUUGUCCAGUGCCACUGGACACUAUCAGGGAUUGCUUGGGCUGCACCAGUGCCCGUGGCUGUGGCUCUGUGCCCGACUGGCAGCACGUGGCAUGGGCAGGGAUGACAGUUGUUCCAUGCCUUUCCACAUCCCAGGGUUGUUAAUGGUUGUGUGCAGCAGCAUACUUCACACCUCGGUUGAGACUAAUCAAGUAUCCUCAUUAACAUCCUUACUGCCCCAGCCUCCCUCAUUCCCAGCCCGUUCCCAUGUACCAGGGUCAUGGACAUGGCAUGAACCCCCCCAUUCCCACGACCAUCUUCCUUAUGAUAAGGCUUGAAGUUCUUCCUUGAUUCCCAUAGAUGUUUAUAAUCGAGCUUUGUAACUUGGCAGCCCCCUUUCUGCAGCAGCACACGGACACGAGACUGUGCCCGCUAGGGAGAGCAUCCUCAAGGCGGGCGGCUGCAUCCCUGCCUGGACCACGAAGGUGAGGGAGCAAAGAGAUGGUGGCAGUUUAUUCCAUGCAUGCGUAUACCUUCCAAAGAGCACUCCUGGAGAAGGGCCCCCCAUUAGGGCAGAGAAGCUGAAGCUGAAUGAGCUCCCAGUUGAGCAAAGAGCUCAGCUCUCUCUGUAAAUGGGGGCUUUCAAGGAUGCUGCUUCUAGACUGAGCCUAUUCCUUGUCUUCUUUCCGAGUCAUUACAACCCCUCGCUGUAACCCAGACCUUUGACCUCCCAGGGAUGGCAGCACUUCACUGCAUGCAUCCUACCCUGGGGGUCAGUUGGUAUCGCUGCUCCCUUUCCACUGUAGCCUUCAGCUUGCUUGCUUUUGCUUAGCCCGGCGUGACUCCGGCCUUGGCUCUGCAGAGCCUGUCUGUCUCCUGGGGCUCCUGGUAUUCCCUCCCUCCCCAUGGCUGCGCACACAGGGGCAGAGGUGGAAAGGAGAUGUGCACAUACCCCCUUCACACCACUUGAAAUGAGUCAGGGAAUGGCUGUUUACGGUCUAGAGAUUUCUUAUUAUCCAUGCUAGGGAUGAGAGGACAAAGCAAGACCAAUAAGCUCCACCUUUGUAGUCAGUUGUCUUUAAGUAAAGCAGAAGAGGGGCACUGGCCAGUGGUUGGGUGCUCCGGGGUCCCCAGGGAAGCAGUGGGACCCACUGUGGCAUCCCAGCACCCCCAGGCCUCAGUUUCCCCAUCCCAUGACAAGGGGAUGCUGAUGCUGGAGCACGGGAGAGCCACCGCAUCCAAACGGCUCUGAGAAUGGGAAGUCCCAAAGGACGGAGCCCUGGUUCACAACUGGCCACCCUGGGGAGGAAGCAACAGACCCAUGGCCACAGGCAGAGGUUUGGGAGGCUGAGCUGUAACCCCAGGGCUCAGCACCCCGGGCAGGAUUCACACCUUGGCAGGGUGGGAGCUGGCGCGGGGUCGUGGGAAGGGCUUUCCAUCCCUCACAGAGCCUUGUCCGGUUCCCUUGGGUCAACCACGCGCAUUUCAUUGUCAACCUGAGGUUGUUGUUGUGCAAAAGAAGUGAUCAUGAAACAAAGACAAAAGGAAAUAAAGUUGGUAUGAAACC